AUGCCGGACCAGAUUACAGUGGCAGAGUUUGUGGCCGAAACAAAUGAAGAUUACAAAGCGCCGACUGCCUCGAACUUCACCACUCGGAUGCCUCACUGUCGGAAUACUGUGGCUGCUUUGGAGGAGGCCUUGGACGUGGAUCGAAGCGUCCUGUACAAGAUGAAGAAGUCAGUCAAAGCAAUCUACGCCUCCGGUCUAGCCCAUGUGGAGAAUGAGGAACAGUACACACAGGCUCUGGAGAAGUUCGGGGAGAACUGUGUCUACAGAGACGAUCCUGACCUUGGUUCUGCCUUCCUCAAGUUCUCUGUCUUUACCAAGGAACUCACAGCUCUCUUCAAGAACCUGUUUCAGAAUAUGAACAAUAUCAUCACUUUCCCAUUGGACAGUCUGUUGAAGGGAGAUCUGAAGGGUGUGAAGGGCGACCUGAAGAAACCUUUUGAUAAAGCCUGGAAGGACUAUGAGACGAAAGUCACAAAAAUAGAGAAGGAAAAGAAAGAACAUGCCCGACAGCACGGAAUGAUCCGGACUGAGAUCAGUGGAGCUGAGAUAGCAGAAGAGAUGGAGAAAGAGAGACGCUUUUUUCAGCUCCAGAUGUGUGAGUAUCUGCUCAAAGUGAAUGAGAUCAAGAUCAAGAAGGGUGUGGACCUACUUCAGAAUCUCAUCAAAUAUUUCCAUGCACAAUGCAACUUUUUUCAGGAUGGCCUGAAGGCAGUGGACAACCUCAAACCAUCCAUAGAGAAGCUGGCCACAGACUUACACACGAUCAAACAAGCCCAGGACGAGGAGAGAAGACAGCUGACGCAGUUACGGGACGUGUUAAAGACAGCCCUGCAGGUGGAACAGAAGGAGGACUCCCAGGUGCGACAGAGCGCCACCUACAGUUUGCACCAACCUCAGGGGAACAAGGAGCAUGGGACAGAAAGGAGCGGGAAUUUAUACAAGAAAAGCGACGGGCUGCGGAAGGUUUGGCAGAAAAGGAAGUGCACCGUGAAGAAUGGCUACCUUACCAUAUCACACGGGACGGCUAACAGACCACCAGCCAAACUCAACCUACUGACCUGCCAGGUGAAGCACAACCCAGAGGAGAAGAAAAGCUUUGACCUCAUCUCACAUGACAGGACGUAUCACUUCCAGGCAGAAGAUGAGCCAGAAUGUCAGAUAUGGAUCUCUGUAUUGCAGAACAGCAAGGAGGAAGCUCUGAAUAACGCCUUUAAGGGCGACCAGCACGUGGGGGAGAAUAACAUAGUGCAGGAGUUGACCAAGGCCAUCCUGGGGGAAGUGAAGAGGAUGACUGGUAAUGAUGUCUGCUGUGACUGCGGAGCUCCCGGUCCAACGUGGCUCUCUACCAAUUUGGGCAUACUGACCUGCAUAGAAUGUUCCGGAAUACAUAGAGAGCUGGGCGUGCACUACUCCAGAAUCCAGUCUCUCACGCUGGACGUUCUAAGCACAUCAGAACUCUUGCUGGCCAAGAACGUUGGGAAUUCUGGUUUUAACGAGAUCAUGGAAGCCUGUCUGACUGCGGAAGAUGUGGUCAAACCAAAUCCAGCCAGUGACAUGCAGGCUCGUAAAGACUUCAUUGUGGCCAAAUACACAGAGAAACGCUUUGCCAGGAAGAAGUGUCCGGAUGCCGCCUCUAAACUACACACGUUGUGUGACGCUGUAAAAGCUCGAGACAUCUUCUCCCUCAUUCAGGUCUAUGCAGAAGGAGUGGACCUGAUGGAGCCUAUUCCUUUAGCCAAUGGACAUGAACAAGGCGAAACGGCCCUUCAUCUGGCCGUUAGACUGGUAGAUCGGACCUCACUUCAUAUCGUGGAUUUCCUCACACAAAACAGUGUAAAUCUGGAUAAGCAGACAACUAAAGGCAGCACUGCCCUGCAUUACUGUUGUCUGACCGACAACAGCGAAUGUCUCAAAUUGUUGCUCAGGGGCAAGGCCUCCAUAGACAUCGCGAAUGAAGCUGGGGAAACACCACUGGACAUAGCCAGGAGACUCAAACAUAUACAGUGUGAGGAGCUGCUGAACCAGGCACUUUCAGGAAAGUUUAAUGCCCACGUGCAUGUGGAGUACGAGUGGCGACUUCAUCAUGAGGACCUGGACGAGAGUGAUGAAGAUUUAGAUGAAAAGCCUAGUCCACACCGGCGGGAUGAGCGUCCUCUCAGCUGCUACACAUCAGGCAGCAAUGCUCUCCAGCCCAGUCCAGCCUCUCUGGCCCGAGAAACAGUCAGUCUGGUCAAAGACAAGCAGAGGUGCUUUGUCCCCAACCUGGUCAACAAUGAAACCUAUGGGACCAUCAUAAAUGCCAGCCCACCUCCAGCUGGCCAAUCAGGACUGCCACUCACCACCUCAGCACCGCCCUUACCACCACGUAACAUAGGUACCACAAUGCUAGUCUCCUCAGGGUGGAAGCCUGGUUCUAUAGACCUAGCAGGCAGGCAGAGAUCUUCCUCAGACCCACCGAACAUGCACCCACCCGUGCCCCCUAUGCGGGUCACGUCGACCUCCUUUCUUGCACCAGCUGGUCCUCCACCUCCUGUAGCCAAAACUGUGAGUGUGAUGGAGGCUAUGAAUAUACAGUCCAAAACUGGACAACUGCCUCCUGGCCAGAACCUCAACAGGACCACAGCCACAAGCUCCGACAAGAACUUCAACAAAGGGCCACCAGUUCAAACGGGAUCUGUAGAAAGACCAGCUAAGGAAGUCCCCGGAUGUCCUCCAAAUGCCAUAGGUCAAUCCCUACCCUCCGCCCCCGCCCCCACUCCACGGAAAGCUUACCCGAAGCAGAGGCCAAAGAGGGUGAAGGCCAUUUAUAAUUGUGUGGCGGACAACCCAGACGAGCUCACCUUCACAGAGGGAGAGGUGAUUGUGGUGGAUGGUGAGGAGGACCAGGAGUGGUGGCUGGGACACAUCGAAGGAGAGCCGAUGAGAAGAGGUGCUUUCCCUGUGACGUUUGUACACUUCAUAGCGGACUGACUGGUGAAG